AAACAUCCUUCCGGAUGUGACGUCGGCGUUAAACAUGGCUGAUGUGGGGAACACAAACAGACAAGUCGAUAAGAAAAACAUGUCUUUUAAUAUUAGAGAGAAGCUAGAUAUCGGCGAAAAUAUGCCAAAAUUACGUCAUCAAGACACUUCGGAAAGUGGAAAGGGCACUGUCGAAACACGUACAACCUCGGAGUACUGUGAAAAGUUGCAGGGGUGGAUGUGGCAGUACUACACGGCAUAUGUGAACUGGCAAAGUUGGCUGGCAGUGUCUGCUUCUCCGUAUUUUGCACCGCAACCAAUGCAACCACUCACUGCACCCGUCUGGCCAGCGGAUUUCCCUAAUUUUGAUGCCCAGAACUGGUACAAUAAUCCAUUUGGACUCCCCUUAUCCACGUAUCCAACCGCCAUCCCCGCGGCUGGGAUUCCGCCUGGGGAAACGGCUGGGAGUGGUGCUGUGUCCACUUCAGUACCAGCGCAACAACAACCACAACAGAACGGCAAUGCACAACGGCCAGGUGGAGAAUACAGUAUUCCCUCUCCUCUUCAAAGGUUCAUGGCUGAAAUGGUGGAUUUCUUCAUUCUGUUCUUCAUCAAAGCAACUAUUAUUCUCAGCAUCAUGCAUCUGAGUGGGAUGAAGGACAUUUCCAAGUUCGCCAUGCAUUUCAUUGUGGAGGAAAUAGAUGAAGACACGUCCAUGGAAGAACUCCAGAAGAUGAUGCUGGUCGCCCUGGUCUACCGGAUAUUAGUGUGUUUCUAUGAGAUUGUGUGUAUCUGGGGAGCAGGGGGCGCCACUCCAGGGAAGUUUCUCAUUGGUCUCAGAGUGAUCAGCUGUGAUUCCUCCAUCCUGGUUCAACCCAACCGGGUCCUCGUGGUGCCUGCCACCAACGUCACUCUCUCUGCAUCGACAGUCCGAGCCAUGAACAAAAACUUCUCCAUUGCCUUCUUGUUCCCAGCCUUCAUCACGGUCUUCUUCUUCCAACACAACAGGACUGUGUAUGACAUGGUGGCUGGCACUAUUGUUGUCAAGCGCACCGGAGCCAGAUGACCAUUCUGAUUGGUUAAGGCCAAGCUAAAGCCUGGCUGGGACCUGGCUACUAUUUUAUUUAAAGAGGUACAUGUUGCUCUCAACCCUGCAGUACAGAGGAGGCUGGUGAGGGGAGGACGUCUCAUAAUAAUGGCUGGAGUGGAGUGAAUGGAAUGGUAUCAAACACAUGGAAACCAUAAAUUCCAUUCCAUCCAUUACAGUGAGUCCGUCCUCCGGUUGAAAGUGACACCACUACUCCAGCACUAAGGCAGCCUAGUGUCACUAGUCUGGGGAGACAACUGAACUGGGAACCACUCUGCAAAAACGAUGACGGGAGGCGAAAGCUCUGCAUGAGCCUGAAGACAGGAAAUACACUAUGACAUCAUCAGUAUCUAGGUCCCUCUACACAGCUCUUGUUUGUGACGUCAGAGUUUUUAGAACCAUCUCUUGUUUCUCAACUACUGUACUCUGGUUGUUUCUCAGAGGAGGUAUACGUUCUACCCUUUUAGAUUUGUGCAAUGGUAGUAUGCAAAUUAGCACCCGAUCAGUUAGGAAGCACUGAGGAAAAGUUAUUACAUGUUUUCAUUUAAUUGCCUUUGCUUUUCAAAAUGAAUUAAAUGAAAAUCUAAUCUCUAGGAUGAGUAAGUGGAAGACUAGAGAAUAGUUAUUUAGUAGUUUUAGCCUAUCAGCAUAUUGAUGCAGUUUUAUAAUUUGGCUUAUUUUAAGAUAUUGCUUGGUAACAAUCCAACACUCCUAGAAUUACAACAUGCUAAUGGUUUGGUUGACAUUGCCCUCGUGUCUUACUGCACUAUGGGUGAAUUAUUGUCUCAUCAUUAUCUGGUUACAACUAGACACUUCUUUGGUUGUCAUCAGACUAUAAAAUAGCUUUAUUUUGGAUCUGUUAACAUAACAGAACACCUGGGCUGAUUCAGUGUAGGCUUUCACGUGUAUUAUCUCAAUGCUCAAGAGGAGAUUUAUUUAACCUUUAUUUAACUUGGCAAGUCAGUUAAAGAACAAAUUCUUAUUUACAAUGACAGCCUACCCCUAACACGGACGAAGCUAGGCCAAUUGCACGCCGCCCUUAUGGGAUGCCUCUAGCACUGAGAUGCAGUGCCUUAGCCCGCUGCGCCACUCAGGAGCCCCAUAUGGUUGUGUUUCAGUUGAUAUACUAUCUGAUCUAACAUGGAAAAACACAUUUGUUUCUUAGGACUGUAUUUAUGUUUGGAACUUCAGUCGUAAUUGAAUCGUCUCUCUACAUUAUUCCUUAAACUUUGUAACAUGAGAUACUUUACCAAAUACCAGAAAGCUGGAGUGAGUGGCACGUUGUUCUCCAUCACAGCAUUAAGCACGUUGUUCUCCAUCACAGCAUUAAGCAAUUUUCAACAAGUAUUAAGGGGUAUAUUGAUGAUUGGUCUAAUCUUGUUGUCUAAAUGUACCCAUGACCACCAAACUUGUCACCAUAUCCAAUUUAGCCACGGAGAUUAAAACAUUUUGAGUGCUUCAAGCGGACAGUAUUAUGAUUGUGUCUGUCAGUAAAUGCUACUACCAUAUGAGGUGCCAAUGGGGUUUCAAUUCUGGUCAUUUCCCCAAAAUUCCCAGGUUUUCCAGUAAUCCCAUUUUGAAGAUUCCUGAAUUCUGAAGCAAGAAAUCCGGAAUCCUUUUGCCAGAAUUUCUGGGGAAAAUGGUGAAUACCUGAGUAUAGAGUCCAGAUGUAGUAUCACUUUUUCAGAAUUAGAUGUCAACUAACUAUGAUUCUAAUUUCUGUUUGUUGUUUUAAGUCCAAAGUGACAGGCUCACCUGUCUUCCUAACAUGUUACCUUUCCUUGGUUGUCAUUUUAAUAUAUUUGCCUUGAUUAUAGAAUAUAAGUACUACAGUAUUGCUAUACAUUUGUUAAAGUACAGUAACAGUAUAAAGAAAAUGGCCCUGUAUAAAAUGUAAGUAAUUCAGUUGCUAGGCUACAUCUAAUACCAUGGGAUGAUAGUGCAGUAUUGAUGUAUUUUAUUUGUGAUUUUAUACAUUAAUUUAUGAAAUAUGAUUGUGUACUAAUUAUUUUAUUUUAGUAAAUGAGCUUGGUGUAUAAGUUGGAAUUGUCAGCACAUUUCGGGGUUGAAUUUGCACUUUUUAUGCAUUUUAAUUCAUAUGAAUAAAACUUUAUUGAUCAUUA